AUGGAAGCUACGCCAAAAAACGCGGAACCUGGCUCGUUAGUCCCGACCUUCGAAGAACUCAAAAAUGAUGUUCUAAAGUUGAGUUUAAUUCGAGUCAGAAGGGGCGACGAAUGGGAAGAAACCGAACGUUUUGCCAAUGCAGUUUUGAACCUGAAAAGCGAUCAGAACAUCACGGUUGACGUGGCCGGCGAUGUGGACCCACUAAUUGCCUUGCUUGAGCUGCUUGCGAGAGAGCCAAAGAACAGGGACGUAUGUGCGGACUUGCUAGCCGCUGUGUUCGCUGGAUUUGCCAUCCACAAAGAUCUGACAUCGGUGGCCAAUCGAUUUGCACGUUCGGUGACUGAUAAUCACACUUUGGGAUCGCUUUUGCGUGAAAUUUGCGGUACCGUCAACUUGACACCGGACUACAAGCCUGGUGUGUAUUCUGUCGUCGCAAAAUUGGCAUUGUUUGGACAGCUCAGCGUUUCACUACUUCGAGCCUUGAGACUGACACUCGGCUCAGUCCUCAGAACGCUGUGGGUGCCUUUAUGGACAUAUGAAGCGUUGCCAGAUCUGUACAGUAGUGUUUUAAGCCAGAGCCUGCUACUUGCAACUACCCAGGAACACAAACUGGACUUUCUCAUUGCUUCAAGAGGACACAAUGUGCUGCAAUGGCACGAGCUAAAAGAUCGCAAUACCACAGCAAUCAAUUUUUUUUUGUACAGAGUAGCACGCCGUGUUAUCCAGUGCCGCAACCAUGUCUCAGAGUCCUUUGCUAAUUUUCUUCGUGAUUUCCUAUCACAGACCAUCGACAAUGAUUGUUUCAAGAAGCUUGAUGAGAGUACUGCUUUCAACCUAUCUGUCUUCAUGGAAAUUGUGGACCACCCGGACCUCAACUUUUUAGAGGAGCCUCAUUUGAUUGCCGUCUUGAAUUCGGCACUGCGUCACACCCGCAAUCUUUGCGAAAAUGGACACAUACAGACUUUGCAUAUGGAACUGGGUACGAUGGGUAGCACUCAAAGUCUUUUCGGGCUCACAAACAUUUUGCAGUAUAUCCUAGCGCGGUUCCUUGUUGAUACGGGAAAUCUUAUGUUCAAUGCUACUCAUCUCGACUCCGACAAAAGCAAUUGGGCAAUGAGAUCAUCGCCUUACGAGCUUCCCGAAUUUUUCGACCAGGUUGUUCCUGACAUACCGCCAAUUGCUAGAGCAGGAUUUGGGUUACAGGAAAAAAACCCAAAAUUCCCGAUUCAAACAAGCGAGUACUCUAUUACCGUACUUUUGAUGCUGGAAUGUUUGAACCAUGUUAUGCUCAUCAACAAAAAUUUGCUGAUCUUUUACGGAGUAAAUGAUCUUGAUCUGUCCCUUGAAGUCAAGGACGCGAGCCAGGAUAAGGAUAACGAUGAAUCACAAGUUGUGGAAACAAAGUCCAAAAGUGAGAUAUCAGAGCUGUAUUUUGUCGCAAUAACUUCUGUUUUGCUGCUGUGUCGGCAAUUUCAGGACGAGGUUUUUUUCGGAACCCUCAUAGAUGAGCAAGAGGCCUAUGUGCAAAGCAGAAUAAUGACGCUAAAUGCUUUAAAAUGCUUCGAAGCUCUGGUUUCCACAUUAGAAGGGGCGUCGUUGUAUCAGUUCAUCAAAUUUUCAAGUCGUAUUUCAUUGAUUGAUUUGAGCAUGCAUGCGGUGUCUAUGCAAAUUUUGAGUCAUGUUUCAUUCCAGUCUCGUCUCAGCGCGCUACAAGGCCCCACGCUUACCAACAAGCUUAUCCGAGAUGCACUUUACAGUCAGAUCAUAUUGUGGAAUGACGGAACAGACACUUAUAGCCGCUUUUUGACGGAUGUCUUCAGUAUUGAAGCGCCGCCUGUGACAUUUGUGAGCCUUGAUGCUUCAGAAUUUCUGGGUAUUAUGUUUCCACAAGACAACACGCAGACCGCACUUACGGAACCAUCCCCACAAUUCGUUAGAACAAGCGAUAGCUCGGAGUUCAGAAAAGGCUAUCAAUACACAAAAUUUAAUGCUCACGCAAAUUCAUUUGUCCCAUCCAGCAGGUCUCAAUACAAUAGAGCAGAAGUGAACAGUGCUUUGCAACAGAUCGAACGUCAUCACUCAAGCUCGAGGUCUGCGGAGGGAGUAAAGCCGCCCAAUUCGUCCAUCGAAGGCCUGGAUCUACGUCCAUCAUUUCCGACUGGAAGGCAGCAAGCAACAAUUACAAAAGAGCUCGGUGCAACGUUUAGUGGUUCCGCUUCGAUACCGUUGAAUAACGGGACCUCUUGGAGUCCCAACUGCUUUUCACAGGGCCCUCUCUCGUCUCCAGAUACUGGAUCCGCUGUAAGUACGGGUAAAAACUACAUUUUAGGGGGUCACAACCGCGCCGCUAACAACAGCAGAGCACAGUCAGUGCAUGUAGAUCGAUUCAACUACUUGCAACAAUAG